AUGGCGUCUUCCUCGUUAAACGUGCCAGCGAUAGCUUCUGGAAAAAGACAAUUUCAUAACCAGAAGUCAAAGCCGGAAAACCAAGAUGAAGCAGAACUCCUCACUGUCCCUGAUGGUUGGAAAGAACCAGCCUUUUCCAAAGAGGACAAUCCUAGGGGACUCUUGGAGGAGAGCAGUUUUGCAACUUUAUUCCCAAAAUAUAGAGAGGCCUACCUGAAAGAAUGCUGGCCAUUGGUGCAGAAAGCCUUGAAUGAACAUCACAUCAAUGCAACCUUGGACCUGAUUGAAGGCAGCAUGACUGUUUGUACAACAAAGAAGACUUUUGAUCCAUAUAUCAUCAUUAGGGCAAGAGACCUAAUAAAACUUUUAGCAAGGAGUGUUUCAUUUGAGCAGGCAAUACGAAUUCUUCAGGAUGAUGUUGCAUGUGACAUCAUUAAAAUAGGUUCUUUAGUACGAAAUAAGGAAAGAUUUGUAAAAAGAAGACAACGGCUUAUUGGUCCCAAAGGAUCUACAUUAAAGGCAUUGGAACUAUUAACAAACUGUUACAUUAUGGUUCAGGGAAACACCGUUUCAGCCAUUGGACCCUUCGGUGGCUUAAAAGAGGUUCGGAAAGUAGUCCUAGAUACUAUGAAGAAUAUUCAUCCGAUAUAUAACAUUAAAACCUUAAUGAUUAAAAGAGAGUUGGCGAAAGAUUCUGAAUUAAGAUCACAAAGUUGGGAAAGAUUUUUGCCACAGUUUAAACACAAAAAUGUGAAUAAACGCAAGGAACCAAAGAAAAAAACUGUUAAGAAAGAGUAUACACCAUUUCCACCACCACAGCCGGAAAGUCAGAUUGAUAAAGAACUGGCUAGUGGUGAAUACUUUUUGAAGGCAAAUCAGAAGAAGCGACAGAAAAUGGAAGCAGUAAAGGCUAAACAAGCAGAAGCUCUCAGUAAGAGACAAGAGGAAAGAAACAAAGCUUUCAUUCCACCUAAAGAACAACCAGUUAUGAAACCGAAGGAAGCUUCUACUGAAACAAAAAUUGAUGUGGCUGCCAUCAAGGAAAAGGUUAAGAAGGCAAAGAAGAAGAAGCUGGGAGCACUUACAGCUGAGGAACUUAAGCUUAAGAUGGAAGCAAAUGAAAAGAAAAAGAAGAAAAAGUAA